CCGCGUUCCGGGCCCGACUGCUGAGAGCGAGCCGGCGAUAAGGGGAACCAAAAUCUACUAAGUGUGAUAACAAAGAGGUUCUGGACCAAGUUAAGACUAAGAGAAACUCAUUUCAGAACCUGCCCGGUGAAGCUCAGCCUGUUGGUAGCCCCACCACACUUGCAUUCGUGCCGGCUGAGGAAAGCUCGUCAUGGGGGGGAGGAAGCUGGCGCUGGUGGCUCUCUUCUGCCUUGUUCUGGCAAUGUUGCCUUCUCACACAGUAACCGUAGCGGUCAUGUCGGUGGAUCUGGGCAGUGAGUGGAUGAAAAUAGCGAUAGUGAAACCUGGUGUGCCAAUGGAGAUCGUUCUCAACAAGGAGUCGAGGAGGAAAACACCCACAGUUGUUUGUCUCAAGGAAAAUGAAAGACUUUUGGGAGACAGUGCACUCGGAGUGUCUGUGAAGAACCCCAAAACUGUGUAUAGAUACCUCGAAAGCCUCCUGGGCAAAAAGCAUGAUAACCCCCAGGUGGCGCUCUACCGGAAACGUUUCCCCGAGCACCAGCUGCAGGAGGACGCAGUCAGAGGCACAGUUUACUUCAAAAACUCAGAAGAAAUGCAGUACGCACCGGAGGAGCUCCUCGGGAUGGUGCUCAAUUAUUCCCGUGGGCUGGCUCAGGACUUUGCAGAACAACCAAUCAAAGAUGCAGUGAUCACCGUCCCAGCCUUUUUCAACCAGGCAGAGCGCAGGGCAGUCCUGCAGGCGGCACAGAUGGCGGGUGUAAAGGUUCUUCAGCUUAUCAACGACAACACAGCUGUGGCCUUGAACUACGGGGUCUUCAGGAGGAAAGAUAUCGACAACACAGCCAAGAAUGUGAUGUUUUAUGAUAUGGGCUCAGGCAGCACAACUGCCACCAUCGUCACUUAUCAGACAGUCAAAACCAAGGAGUUUGGCACCCAGCCCCAGUUACAGAUCCGAGGUGUCGGGUUCGACCGCGGGUUGGGCGGCUUUGAGAUGGACCUGCGACUCCGGGACCACCUGGCCAAACUGUUUAACGAGCAAAAGAAGAGCAAGAAAGAUGUGCGAGAGAACCAUCGGGCCAUGGCCAAGCUCCUCAAAGAGGCUCAGAGGCUCAAGACGGUGCUCAGUGCAAACAUGGAGUUCAUGGCUCAGGUGGAAGGUUUGAUGGAUGACAUCGACUUUAAAGCUAAAGUGACUCGGUCUGAGUUUGAAGAACUGUGUGCUGAUCUCUUUGAGAGAGUGCCCGGCCCGGUGCAGGAUGCCCUCGCUACCGCAGAAAUGAAGCUGGAUGAAAUCGAGCAGGUGAUUUUAGUAGGCGGCUCCACUCGUGUCCCCAAGGUUCAGGAAGUUCUGCUCAAAGCUGUGGGGAAAGAGGAGCUGGGGAAGAACAUCAAUGCAGAUGAGGCAGCAGCCAUGGGCGCCGUGUACCAGGCUGCUGCCCUCAGCAAGGCCUUCAAGGUCAAGCCUUUCCUGGUGCGAGACGCAGCUGUCUUCCCCAUUCAGGUGGAGUUCACCCGUGAGACGGAGGAAGAGGGGGUCAAAACCCUAAAACACAACAAGCGCAUCCUCUUUCAGAGGAUGGCGCCCUACCCCCAGCGCAAGGUCAUCACAUUCAACCGCUAUAACGACGACUUUGCUUUCUACAUCAACUACGGUGACCUCAGCUUCCUGAGUCAGGACGACCUCAGUGUGUUUGGCUCUCUGAACCUGACCACAGUCAAACUGUCCGGAGUGGGCGACAGCUUUCAGAAGCACGCAGACGCCGAGUCCAAAGGCAUCAAAGCUCAUUUCAACAUGGAUGAGAGCGGGGUGCUCCUGCUUGAUCGGGUGGAGUCUGUGUUUGAAACUAUUGUGGAGGAGAAAGAAGAGGAAUCAACAUUAACAAAACUGGGUAACACAAUUUCUACGUUGUUUGGAGGAGGAUCAUCAGAACCAGCUCCAAAUGUAACAGAACCUGUCCAGGAGGAAGAGGAAGUGCCUCCAGAGUCAGGAAAGGACGGCAAGGACGAGGAUGGCAAGGACGAGGAAGGCAAGGACGAGGCCAAGAAGGACGAGGCUGCCAAAGAGAAGCAGGACGAUUCAGAGAAAAGUGCAGGUGAAGAGAAAAGUCAGGAGAAGGCGGAGGAGGCAGGCAGCAAGACUGAAGCCAAGGAGGAAAAGGAGGGAGAGAAAUCAGGCACUGAUGCAGAGAAAGAAGUAGAGAAGAAGGCACAACCUCAGAAAAAGAGCAAGAUCUCUGAGGACAUCGCAGUGGAGCUCAUCAUCAACGACAUCCUCGACCCCACUGCAGACGAUGUCACUUCCUCUAAGAAGAAGUUGCAGGAUUUGACAAACAGAGACCUGGCCAAGCAGGAGAGGGAAAAGGCACUUAACAGUCUGGAAGCGUUUAUCUUUGAGACACAGGACAAGCUCUACCAGGAGGACUACCAGCUGGUGGUGUCGGAGGAGGAGAAGGAGCAGAUCUCCACCAAGCUGAGGGAGGCAUCGGAAUGGAUGGAUGAGGAAGGCUACUCGGCCACCACCAAGCAGCUGCAAGAGAAGCUGUCUCAGCUGAAGAGCCUGUGCAAGGACAUGUUUUUCAGAGUGGAGGAGCGACGCAAGUGGCCAGACCGCCUGGCUGCCCUGGAAAGCAUGCUCAACACCUCCAGCUUCUUCCUGAGGAGUGCCAAACUGAUUCCAGAGGACGACCAGAUUUUCACUGAAGUCGAGCUGAAUAUGUUAGAAAAAGUGAUCAACGAAACAACGACCUGGAAGAAUGAGACUGUAGCAGAGCAGGAGAAACGCUCUCCAAAGGAGCGGCCCAUCCUGUUGUCCAAAGACAUCGAGUCCAAGCUGGCCCUGCUGGAUCGAGAGGUGAACUACCUGCUCAACAAGGCCAAGUUUGCUAAGCCCAAAGCUAAAGCCAAAGCCAAGAACAGCACCAGCUCUGAAAAAAACAGCAAGGCCAACAACACGGCCGAGGAGAAAGUCAUCCCUCCUACAGAGGAGAGCACAGACGCAAAGAAAGAAAGCCCAGAGGAAGUGCAGCCAGGUGAAGCCCCGCCCACUGAAGAGAGCACUGUAAAAACAGACUCAGACAGCCAAUCACAACCCUCAGAAGAAACAACAACUACAGGACCAACGGAGAAGGGCCAACCUGAAAACCACAUAGGGGAUGAAUUAUAACAGCUGGAACUGGGAAAAAAAAUCACUAUUUAUUGACAGUGUAUAAAUGUUCAAGUUCCUUCUCGCUCUGUUUUUUUUUUUCUUUAAUUUUUGUCUUUAUGUCCUCGUUUAUUGAACUGCUGGAAGCUGAUUGGAUAAGGACUGGAGACCACUCAUCUUGCCCCCCCCCCCCCCCCACACACACACACACACACACACACCCCUUUGCUUCGCUCUGUGCGCUGUACAUCUCUUCUGUCUUUCAUGGACUCUGUAGGAACGGUCUCUUAAACAUCAUAAAGAAGCAAAGCCCUGGACUGCGUCUGUGCGUUAUCAGUCCAGACAAAAGCCCUCCUCACGUCCAAGAGAUGAUCACAUCCAUGCUGAUAAAGAGGGAGACGUAUGUACCUGUAUGGAUAUCUAGCGAGACAUUUCAUGUCCUGCUCUGUCCUCUGCACUGUAUCCUCACUUAUGCUGUGCUGUUGUGAGGUUUGUCUGAACACCUGCACCUUUACUGACCUGAGUAAGUGCACUACUUUAUGGUGUUGAUCACAGUGGACGGUGAGGGGUGGUUUAGAGUCCUGUAGAGGAUUCUGAAUUGAUGGAUUUUUUUUUUUUUGAUCCAUUCCAGAUUUUAAUUGGCCAUAUACUGUAAAAUUUGUAGGCAUAUACUGUAAAGCAUGACAAAAAGUGGAAGCACUAUAUUUGUAACUAUAUUGGAAGUAUUGUCAGUUGAUUUGAAUGAAGCAUUUCUAAUCUGGUGAAUCAUGACAUUAACUGUAAAUCUGUCAUCAUGAGCAAAACGUUCUCAUUCCCAACCAUAGACUGUAUAUGAAGAUGGACAUGGCUAAAAUAUCCCGGAUAUGGUGGCUACCAUCUUGCACUGGUGACGUCAUUUGGAGCCUGAGUCUGUGAUGUAGCAAUAUCUGUGGUAAGAUAAGAUAAUCCUUUAUUAGUCCCACAGAGGGGAAAUUUGCACCAAAAACACACCAAAGCACACCAAAACACCUAUCCGAUCAAUCAAGAGCAGCCCCACUGAAUGUGAGUGCAUUGAUUGGCUGUCACAGCUGUCAAUCAUGGCAGAAAAAUCCCUUUUUUAUAGAAUUAAAUAACUCAUCAAAACCAAACUUCUCAUUUAAAAAAAAUCACUUGAACAAACAUCAGGAUGAUGAGAACUACCCUUAGUGACAGAAACCAUCUUUGGGAAAAUAUUUGGCGUGCACAUAGAGUUUUUAUUUUGGCCCAUUCAGUAAGAUAACCUAUAAUGCAGCCAACCACAAGGGGGCAAUUGAGAUUGAAAGGCUACACUUUGGGGGAUCUGUCCUGUCCUUCAUCAUUAUAUACAGUCUAUGCACCCAACUCUUCAAAUAUGGCAGCUUGGUCAGUGGCCUGUUCCGAAAAACAGUCUUUGUAUGAUCAUACAAAGACUGUUUUUCGGUAACUGGCAGGAAGGGAUCAUGGAUGGCACAGGUGUGACAUUUCCAUGGCAUGUUAUGGGUGCGGCUCAUCCUGGGGCUUUAAAAAGCAGCUGUUAGCAGCUAAGAACAACAGGCAAUAAAUUCCACUAAUUUGGAAAAUUUUAAGAUUCCAGAGCUCCCGAUCAGCUGGCAUAAAACGGACGAUGCCAUUGUUAUUGCUUAGAAAGGCCUGCCUACGCACAUAUGUCACACAGGCAGAUGCUGUUAAGUUAAAUAUACUCACGCCUCUUAAGGAUUACAUAGGAGUUAGUUGAAAGCGCGGUGUGUCUCAUACAGAAACUGUGAGAAGCCUCAUGCAUCUGUAACAGAAGCCAAAGGGUCAGAGACCGGGCGGCCAUAUUUUGACACCCUAUGAAUGAGAACAGGUUGACAACAUACUGACUGGCCUUUUAGAAGCAAUGACUUAAAGCGGCUGUCGAAUCAGAAAGAGCAGAUUCUACUAACAUGAGAGAACGAUAACUAAUAUUAUACAUGACCAGAAAUGUGCAUUUUACAUAAAGGUUCAGAUAGUGGAAUUACCUGUCUGUAAGCAGGACUAAUUUAUUGUUUACUCAUUAGUACUCAUUUAGUGUUAAGCCACUUACUGCACUUGCAUUUUUCAGUAUGCCUUCCUAAUGGAACAACGUCCAACAUUACACCCCCCCGUAGUUGUUUUCAUUUUAUUGUUCUAAUUAUUGGCUGCAUAGAGUCAUGGUAACCUCCUGACGGUGCGCAUAAGCAGCAUGUUUGGGUCCAUUAUGCAGCAGUUUGUCUUGGCGGUUGACUGCCUUAGUAUGUAAACACUGAACUAGUUCUAAAACGGAGCUGCCAAACAGGGAUCAUUUAACAUUUAAAGAGUGUCUCCAUGUAUCUGCUUGCCAUCUUUUUUCUCACCUUUUUGGAUAAACCAAAAUGACUGAAUACUCACAACUGAUGCCAAUACACCCUUUGAGGAGUGCUUGAAUGUUUCAGUGACGGUGGUCAAACUUCAUGUUUUCAUAGCUGCAUAAGCUGCUAAACGUUGUAGAAGAGGUGGUGUGUUAGUGUUGUCACUGUUCUUUACCUCGACAUGCCCUGUGGUGCAGAUUCUUGCUCAGACAUUUUUCCGUUUGGGGGUGGGUUAGGGGACUUGGAUUAGGACUUUGGGUCUGCUGUAUGUCUCUGUGUAUGCAGCACUCUGGAUUAUUUGAAGGGGGGAUCUGAAAAAGUCAGGAAUGGGAAAUGCAAACAUGUUUUGUUUUAAAACUGUUAAUAAAAGAUCUUUUUUGUUCUUUUUAA